AUGCUUCUCACACUCGAUACAUCACCGACAAUCGUUCGGAGACACAKCUCGAGGGUGAAGAAGGAGAUCCAUUUCGCUUAUGUCUCUCUCUCUCCGUCGCCUGGAACUGCUUCUCCGGUGAACCACCUCUCGUGUAAAGCCAUCGACUCUUUUSUCGGAYUGGUGACGAGGAGGCCAACCGCUAGCGCUCCUCUCCCAAAACCACCAGAUCCGUGGCACUCGGAGCCGCGUGAACCURCACCACCAGAUCCUCCACCAUGUCCACCAGAURCCCCUUUCAAGGCUCAUCGAACCCCAUCUCCCCUCACCGAGCCACAGAACAACCACCCCAACGACUCCUCUCUCUCAACCAAUUCGUCUAGGGCUAAGUCGGAUGUAAACCCGGCACACUCACGAUGGCGGUGGUCCCCUGCAUCAGCCCUAGCCGCACUCGGGCACGACGACCAAGACGGAGAUCCCACAAGAAAGCCAAGUCCGAGCAUAAAUCCGCCGUGCAUCUCMUCUCCGGUGGUGGCUCAAAAGCUCGCCGGCGGUCUUACCCGGAAGUCUCCUCCGCUAUUCCAAUCRGUAAGCUUCUCUUCUUUAGGUGGCUUAUUGGGCCUAGUUUUUGAGGAUAGUAUAGAGGGCUUAGCCSAUGGUGUAUCCUUAGGGGAUUUUAAAUCCAUAAGCAUGSUYAGUUGUGUAAGGCCUUUUGUUCCUAUMGGUUUAGUGUCAUUGUUAGUAGCAGUAUCGGUCCCUAGUGCCAAGUUUUGGCAAGUUAGAAAGGAGUGUAAAACCAAGAAAGAAACAUUGGUGACUCGAACCGAAGCUAGUGUGACUUUGUCACCGGCUUUGGAAGAUUGUAUAAGGAUAAGUUCGACUCAUCAUCUAAUCUUAAGGAGACAAGAAGUCAGAAUGGGUGGGAUGUGUAUGGCUUCGUGUUGCGGUGGUGGUGACGAUGAUGGUUCCAGUCUUAUAACACAUCUCAUCAUCAUUUUGGUCAUUUGUUUCUCUGUCAUGGCCGUUUGCACCUCCAACGAACGCCGUGCCAACGUUCGUGUUGUCCGUUGCCGUUGA